AUUUACCAACAAUUUUACUAAAGCAUUCCAGCCACACAGGUUGCCAGCGAGAAAUGCUUCUCAUCUGCUGUAAACACCAUCUCCAAUCGUAGAGCUAAUUUAACUCCUGAACGUGCAGAACAAAUUAUUUUUCUGCAUGAUAGAUUGAAGAACAGAAUUUAAUACUCUAUGACAAUCUCUCUCAGAAUUUUUGUGCUGAAAAGUGGAAAUGUUGAAACAAUGUGAAUGUACUUUUCAAACAACAUGAUUUUUGGUGCUCAGUUAGUUGAAGCUCAGUAAGGACUCCAGAAAAAUUGACAAGGAUGAAAUUAUUCCAAAGAUAUGUUACAUUUACACAAACAUAUACGUACUUGUAAACUGUGGUUAUGUUAGUUGGAUGAUAUCAGUUGCUAAUGAACCAAUGGAAACAGGUUAGAUUCAAUGGAAAACAUGUUUUUUUUCCUAGCAGUGCCAAUUAUAAAAGCACUCUGUAAAUAGUUACCCAAAAUUAAUAAGCCCACUUCAUUUUAAUACUUUAUUCAAACAUUAUACCUACUAAGUUUAAGGUAAAAAUAAUUUCCCAAAAGUGUAACUGUAUCACAAAAGCUCAAGCUUCGAGAACUUUCAAGUAAGCUCGCUCGAGCUUGGCUCAAAGUAAAAUUCUUAGGCUUGCAGACCUCUAAUGUAGGUCUAUCUAUUUAGUAGGCUAACAAUGAUAAUGGUUUCUUUUUUUAUUUCCAUAUUUUUCUCAAAAGUUCUCACAUUUUAUUACUCCAUCACAGUAAAUUUAUGUGCAAUAAACUUUAAAAAAAAACUCGAACUCGACUCGAUACUCGCGAGUAUUUUAGCAAACUCGCUCGAGCUCGACUCGAAGUGAAAAUCUUCUGCUCGCAGAAGCCUAGUGUGCACUAUAAUAAAGCGUGAAGAUUGUAGAUGGGUCGAGACUCAAUGAAUUGAGCUUAUUUUAGUUGAUGAGAAUCAAAAUGGCUUAAAAAUAAAGUCAAAGAUGUCAAUAUGUUCAAGACUCAAAAUGUGCUAGAGUUGUACAUGUCAGGCACUGGUGACCAUAAUUGUGAUGUACAGGAAAACACUACGACAAUAGCACAAAACAAACUUUCUCAUAAAAAAACUGUGGUUAUAUAUGCAAAAAUCAACACAUCGUACAUUUGAUAGUUAAGCAUGCUGUAUCCAUGCACUACUAUGGAGACUCCACUUCACACACUAUAUUAGAUUUUUGAAGUGAAAAUGUCUUAAGCAGCACUCAGUGAUUUUUGGUAGAGGCAAAACUUAUGGGUUGGCAUCACUGACAUGCUAGUGACGUGUUGCACCAAACUGGCGACAUGCAGCCACCUGUGUGCAUGUAUACACAUAUAUACACUAAUACAUUGUAUAUACUUGACUGUAUCAUGUUCGUGUUGGAACCUUCUUGGAUGGGUAAAAUCUUGUGAGUUUGCGUCACUAACAUGCUUUAGUAGCAGUAAGUGAAGUUAAAUUGAUCUUGUGAAAAGUUUAAUUUGUAUAUACUGUGCAUUGCCCAGUGAACACAUGACCUAGGUCUGACAUCACUGGUAAUUCAUAGCUAGGUAAUGAAUUUUUACGUAAAUUUGACAUACCAUUGACAUCUGUUGUGACUAAAAAAAUUAUGUAAGGAAAAAUGAUAUCAAGCUGACAUCAUACUGAUAUAAUACCAAAAUCAUUUUCUUACGUACAUUUGACGUAGAAAUGAUGUUAUAUUACACAUUUAAAAACAAAGUUUUAAGUUUUCACUUCUGUCGACAAUCCCCACAACCGCCUUUUCGUUUUUUUCUUUUCUGAUUCCAGAUAUUUAUGAAGAAAUGUUUAAAAAAUAUUAAUGAAGCUGUUAAGUUCCAAGCAUAACCCAGCCGUGAAAAUACAUACAAUUAACUUCUAGUAGUGACCUUGGAGCAAAAAGUCAAGCAAACUUUAAUUAUAACUAUUUGUUGGCCUUAAAAGGAUAUUACAAUGCAUCAAACCUACAUGGAGGAUGAAGCUACCUUUACUACACAACAGCAACAUGAAAAAUUAGCAUUUUAUACUCUCAAGCCUUUGAAACUUGUUCAAUAUCUUGUAUAUCUACAAAUCUCUUUCAAAACUGUGAGUUGUCUGCAGAAGCAAUUAGACUUGACUUUUCCAAGUUUCUCAUGUAGUCAGAAAAUUACACACACCAGCAAAACUGCACACAGUUAACUUAUCUUACAGUUUGUUUAAAUGACUAUAGUCCAUCCACGGUAACCUACUACUUUUUUAAACGAACCUUUGAAAAAACACACCAGGAUGCCGCAUGUUUGGUUCGUUUGCAAAAAUACUUUCCAUCAUAUGCAUAUUAAACAUGCAUUAACACUAAAUUACCGUAUAAUGAUGUUAAAUAAAAUUUUACAAAAAAAGUAACUAUCUAUGUACAAUAUUAUUAAUAUUAAUGAUCUCGCAUGUGUGUAAAUGAAACAGUGAGAGAAGUGGUGUGUUGGCAAUGAUUAGAACGAAAUAGUUCCAUAGCCAAAAUAUAUAUUUUUUGACUUUCCGCGUGUAUUUAAGAAUUUGUUUGGGUAUUUGUUAAGUUUGAACAUUUUUUUAAAUCUCUGGUGAAAUAAAAACGUUAUGUUAACGGUAAAAAAAUAUUACGUGCCGAAACCGUGGUCGCGCAUUAAUAAUGUUAAUAGUCACUUGUUUGUUUUCUCUUUCAGCCGCUUUCAGCAGCUCUUUAAGCAGUCUGCAGUCUGUACGCCAUUUUGCAGUGUGUUUUAAUAUAUUACUGACCGUGAAAUAACGUACAGUUUGUGUUUCAGGAUUUUGUGUUAAUAUUGUGUAUUUUAACUUUGUUAUAUUAUUUAUUAUCUACUAUUGUAAUGAUGGAAUUUGUUAUCGUUUUGAUAUUUUGUGUGGUUCUUGUGAUUGCUGUAAUGGUAAUUGGUUCCGGGAUGGGGAAAGCUACUUCGUCGCAGCGUCAGAUGGACAUCAUUAACGUCGCUCAGAACUUAUAUCUUUUAAUUAGGAAAGGCGACUUGAAGAAAUGUGACGUUACGCAGACGACCGCGUUUCUUCUCAACAUCGCAAAGUCAACUGUUCUCAAGUACUACAAGAAAGACAUUGAAGAAGUUUCAACACCAGGAAAAAAGAGGAAAAAAAGGCCACAGGAAGGAAAGUCACUUGACACAGUCGACGAUUUCACAGUAAAUGCAAUCAGGAAUGCAAUUUACAGGAUGUACGCUGAAGGUUUGAAUGUUACAGUCGACACCAUUUUGAAAGAAAUCAGGGAAAGACAAAUAGAUUAUUAUGGUGGAAGAUCAAGUCUUCAUAAAUUGUUAAAGAAGAUGGGAUUUUCAUGGAAAACUGUUGAUGGACGAAAAGCUUUGAUAGAGAAUGAAAACAUAGUAUUGCAGCGAAUAGAUUUCUUGAGAAAGUAUAAAGAAGAAAAAGAAAGAGGUGCCAAUUUCAUAUUUGUUGAUGAAACAUGGAUUUUCCAGAGAGGCAAGGCAUUAAUUUAUUUGAAAAUUUGUUCUGUGGUCCAAUACAAAGUAUUUCAUUUCCAUUUCAUAUAUUUUUCAGGAACUGUAUCAAAGUCAUGGCAGGACAAGAGUCUACAAUCUGCGAAGAGACGUACUGUUGGAGAUGGUAAAAGGUUUAUUGUUGUUAAUGCUGGAGGGCGCACUGGCUUUGUGCCAGGAGCAGGAUUACUUUUUGUUUCAGGUCAGAAGACUGCAGACUACCAUGGCGAGAUGAAUGGGGAAACUUUCUUGAUGUGGUUUGAAGACAUGUUGGUGCAUCUUGAGGAACCCAGUGUCAUCAUAAUGGACAAUGCUUCAUAUCACAGCACCCAGAUGGGCGAGGUGUGUGGAUCACGUGGAGAAGCUAAUUCAAGCAGACUGGGAGAGAGAAGUCCACAUAGACAGCGGCACCAUUCCUCCACUCAUCAUCCACCUCGGCGAGGAUAGUUCAAGUGAAGACAGUGACAGCGAAGAAUUUGAGGUUACGACACAGCAAGUAGAUGGAGACAGUGAAGUACUGGCAGUUCCUCUUGAUGAUUUACCCGGGUGUUCUUAUUGAGGUCUGUAUGUAAUAAACACCUGGGCAACUGUAAGUAUUGGGGUUUGAAACAUUUUUUUUUUUUUUUAUGCAUUCCCAUGAAGUAUGUUGAUUACUGGAACUUUAUGUAUUAACUUUAUAUUACACGUAUUAUGAAAUGAAUAUUAAAUUUCAUUUCUGGAUUCGUAUAGGUGUAUGUGAAACAUUUUAUUUUGUUGUGUGUCUUCAUUUUUCAGUGAACUUACUUGGAAAACAAAAAGCCAGUCCCCAUCCAGGGCCACAAAUAAAUAAUGCAUAUAAGUGGUAUAGAAAUUACUGUCAAUUCUUCACCACAAUUUUACUGUUCAUAAAAUUAUGAUUUUGUCUAAUAAGUAUACUCAGGAAAAUGUAUAUAACCAUAUUUUUAUUUGUGGCCUUAACCGGCAAAAUGGUAGGGGUUUAUUAAAUAAAAGAAGAAAA